AUUCCUGCUCUGGAGUUUGCUUUCAAAAAUGAACGCAUCACUCUGGCAGUUGUGGGCGCUGUCAUCAAUCCUCCUAUGGUGCCAAAAGGGAGUAUCUGUAAAGAGCUGAAAGUGUACCCAGCAGAAUGUAGAGGACGCAGAAGCACCUAUCGUGGGAAACUGACCGCUGACAUCAGCUGGUCAGUGAAUGGCAUUCCUAAAGGGAUUAUUAAACAGUCUCUGGGGUAUGUUCCAAUCAUGGUGAAAUCUAAACUUUGCAAUCUGCAUAGUCUUCCUCCCAGAGCUCUGAUUGAACACCAUGAAGAAGAGGAGGAAAUGGGAGGCUAUUUUAUAGUUAACGGUAUAGAAAAAGUUAUCAGAAUGCUGAUUAUGCCUAGACGAAACUUUCCCAUUGCAAUGAUAAGACCCAAAUGGAAAAGCCGAGGCCCUGGUUACACACAGUAUGGUAUAUCGAUGCACUGUGUUAGGGAUGAGCACACUGCUAUAAACAUGAACCUUCACUACCUGGAAAAUGGUACGGUGAUGCUGAACUUCAUUUUUCAGAAAGAGUUGUUCUUCCUCCCACUGGGAUUUGCACUGAAGGCACUAGUUGGUUUCUCAGAUUACCAGAUUUUUCAGGAGUUGAUCAAAGGAAGAGAAGACAACUCCUUCUAUAAGAACUGCAUCUCUCAGAUGCUGAGAAUGGUAAUGGAGGAGGGCUGUGCCACGCAGAAGCAGGUCCUUAACUACAUUGGGAAAUGCUUCCGAGUGAAACUCAACCUUCCUGAGUGGUACCCAAAUGAGCAAGCUGCAGAAUUCCUUUUGGAUCAGUGCAUCUGUAUCCACUUGAAAACCAAAACUGAGAAGUUCUACUUGCUUUGUCUGAUGACCCGGAAGCUGUUUGCUUUUGCCAAAGAAGAGUGCAUGGAGGAGAAUCCAGACAGCCUUAUGAAUCAGGAGGUGCUUACCCCAGGGCAGCUUUACCUCAUGUUCUUAAAGGAGAGGAUGGAAGCUUGGUUGCUUUCUGUUAAAGUAGCCUUGGACAAAAGAUCUCAGAAGACGAAUAUAACCAUCAAUUCAGAAAAUAUGAUGAAGCUAUUCAGCAUGGGAAUUGAUGUUACAAGGCCAUUUGAAUAUCUCCUUGCUACUGGUAACCUGCGCUCUAAAACAGGUCUGGGUAUGCUACAAGAUUCUGGUCUGUGUGUGGUGGCAGACAAGCUGAAUUUUAUUCGUUACCUGUCCCAUUUUCGCUGCGUACACAGAGGUGCUGCGUUUGCCAAGAUGAGAACCACCACCGUGCGCAAACUGCUCCCAGAAUCCUGGGGCUUCCUGUGCCCUGUGCACACCCCCGACGGAGAGCCCUGUGGGCUGAUGAACCAUAUUACGACUGUCUGUGAAAUAGUGACACAGUCAGCCUACACCUUGUCCCUGCCACCUUUGCUCUGCUCCUUAGGUGUCACUCCCGUUGAUGGGACUCCAAGCCAACCCUAUGCAGAGUGUUACCCAGUUACACUGGAUGGCUCGUUAGUGGGCUGGGUAGAAAAAGAUAUGGCUCCUACGAUUGCAGAUACUCUCCGGCACUUUAAGGUAAUGCAAGAAAAGAAAAUUCCAGCUUGGACUGAGGUAGUCCUUAUUCCAAUGACCGGAAAACCUAGUCUGUAUCCAGGAUUAUUCAUUUUUACUACCCCUUGCAGGAUGGUUCGGCCUGUGAGAAAUUUGGCCUUGGGAAAGGAAGAAUUGAUUGGUACUCUGGAACAGGUCUUCAUGAACAUUGCUGUCCUUGAGGAUGAAAUUGUGCCUGGCGUGACCACUCACCAGGAGCUCUUUCCUCAUAGCAUGUUGAGUGUGGUAGCCAACUUCAUUCCAUUCUCUGAUCACAACCAGAGUCCCAGAAACAUGUACCAAUGCCAGAUGGGCAAGCAAACUAUGGGCUUUCCACUUCUGACUUAUCAGGAUCGCUCAGAUAAUAAACUGUACCGACUUCAGACCCCGCAAAGCCCCUUGGUGCGGCCGUCCAUGUACGAUUACUAUGACAUGGACAAUUAUCCAGUCGGUACCAAUGCAAUCGUUGCUGUCAUCUCCUACACUGGCUAUGACAUGGAAGAUGCAAUGAUUGUAAGUAAGGCUUCGUGGGAGAGAGGAUUUGCCCACGGCAGCGUUUACAAGACGGAGAGCAUAGAUCUUGCUGAAAAAAUCAAACAAGGAGAUGACAGUCUGGUGUUUGGAGUCAAGCCUGGUGAUCCAAGGGUUAUACAGAAUCUGGACGCUGACGGACUGCCGCACAUUGGAUCCAUACUGCAGUAUGGGGACCCUUACUACAGCUACCUGAACCUCAGUACUGGGGAGAGCUUCAUAACCUAUUACAAGAGUAAGGAAAGUUGCAUUGUGGAUAACAUCAAAGUGUGCAGCAAUGACAGUGGAAAUGGAAAAUUUAAAAGUGUUUGCAUCACUAUGAGAAUCCCUCGUAAUCCAACUAUUGGGGACAAAUUUGCCAGCCGACAUGGACAGAAGGGUAUUUUGAGCAGACUCUGGCCAGUUGAGGACAUGCCAUUUACAGAGAGUGGAAUGGUUCCAGAUAUUCUCUUCAAUCCUCAUGGCUUUCCAUCCCGAAUGACCAUUGGAAUGCUGAUUGAGAGCAUGGCAGGGAAGUCUGCAGCAUUGCAUGGCCUCUGUCACGAUGCCACCCCCUUCACGUUUUCGGAGGAGAACUCUGCCUUGGAAUACUUUGGCAAGAUGUUGAAGGCUGCUGGCUAUAACUACUAUGGAACAGAGAGGAUGUACAGUGGAAUCAGUGGGGUGGAACUGGAGGCAGACAUUUUUAUUGGAGUUGUAUACUAUCAACGCCUGCGUCACAUGGUUUCGGACAAGUUCCAAGUGAGGACGACAGGCGCCAGAGAUAAAGUCACCAACCAGCCCAUCGGUGGGAGGAAUGUCCAGGGUGGGAUUCGCUUCGGAGAGAUGGAACGCGAUGCCUUGUUGGCUCACGGCACGUCCUUCUUGCUGCAUGACCGUCUCUUCAACUGUUCCGAUCGUUCUGUGGCCCACGUCUGUGUCAAGUGUGGCAGUUUGCUUUCUCCUUUGUUGGAGAAGCCUCCGCCUUCCUGGUCCACGACGCGCAAUAGGAAAUACUACUGUACUGUGUGCAAUCAGAGUGACACAAUCGACACUGUUUCUGUGCCUUAUGUCUUCCGGUAUUUUGUGGCUGAGUUGGCAGCCAUGAACAUAAAAGUGAAACUCGAUGUGAAUUAACUGUGGACGUGAAUAGCAAUUCAAGUACUCUAGGAAAAACUAAUUUUUAAAUGUCCAGAUUUUUCUGUCAGAGGAUUUAAAAGGACUAUUGACUCGUAGCUUGAAAUCCUGCAACAGCUGUGGGAUUAGUUUGAUUUGUGUACUUAAACUGGGGAGAUAAUCUGCUAAAUUACUUAGCAAUCAAAUGGAGAAGCGGUACAGAUCCCUUAACAGUCACUGUUAGCUCUGUAACAGUCCUCUCUGCUUGUGUUUCAUAUUAGCCAAAAAUCUCUUUAUGAAAACUGAGCAGUGCCAAUGCUUUAUUGGACUAGUGGGUUGGGAAUUAAAGCGUUAACUCCUUGUCCCAGAUACUGCAUCUUGUAACUGUGUGAUGGCUGUUCCAGGCGGGGGUGUAUCACAGUUGUGCUGAAGAGGUUAAAUAAAGUGGAAUGUCCUUGAACACUGGAAGAUCACCAAAAAUCUUUGUUAAAGGAGCAAACGUCAUGCCUUAACAGUGUCCCUGUCAUGUGCAGCCAGCCAGGAAAAAUCAUUUCUUUGCCUAUUUGAGAAAUACAUCUGCAAUGAUUAAAGGGGAAAACACUUGUGAUUUGAAGGCACGGCCCAAAGUCAGGGCAUGGUAGAGUGGCACUGCUCUAGGAGAGAGCCUGCAUCAGAGAGGCACGGUCUGUCAUAGUGCCGAGAGUGCAGUCUGCUCCAUUCACUGCGGGGAGGAGAUUGCCCCAUUCUGCCAGCCAGUGUGAAGGGGGCAGGCUCUUGCUAGCCCCAGCCCCAGGGCAGCAGCACAAGUUCUUGCUCACCCCUCAGCAGCCACUUGGGCCAUUCACAAUCUGGGCUUUAAGUCUGAUGACUUCCUGCUAUCUCUGCUUCUCUCAGUGUGUGAACAGUUAACACAGACUAGUUACCUUCACUUUGGUUACAGUCAGGUUCUAGUCAGUGUCUCUUCCUGGUUCUCAGUCCUAGCAUAAUUUGAGCUGCAAACACUGCAGCAGCAACAUUUAAGCCUUGUCCCUUGUUUAAUUUUAUUUUUUAUUCCAUGGAAACGUGACUCUGGUUUUGUAAAAGUUCAUUUUUAACUAACCUAAACUUGUGGCAAAAUAAAUCUUUUUAUAUUA